AACUUGACAUUAAAACCUACUUAAAAGUUUGUUUACACCACAAAACAACCCGAGCUAUCUAAAUUGGUAGAUUAUAUUCAGAUUAAAUAUUGUAUUAUAGCUAUCCGAGGCCUAUAUAAAGGGUAAUUUAAUGGAAAGGUGAUAACAAACGUAGCUUAAUUGAAAGGCCUAUGAUCGUACGAUUUAGUCGGCUGACUAAUGUAGUGUCAUCUCGCGUAUUUAAGGCAGGUUAUUUAAACGGGUCCACAAUUAGUAUUGAAGUAAUAAGCUGUAAAUUCAGUUUCUGUUGGGAUUGCUUAAAUAAACUUACUAUAUAAAAUAAGUUGACGGGAGAACCCCAAUUCUCACUUGGAGGGAUUAUUUAUAGAUUUUUAUUGUAACAAAACUUUUCAAGGCUACGAACAUUUGAAGUAAAAUAAUUUUGGAAUAAAUAAUUUAUAUCUAUCAGGAAGAAGGAUAUGGACGUGAGAGCAUGUAUUUGGAUAGCCUGUGUGGCAAGCAUAUUUUUUAUUAAUGCAGUUUAUGCUGUAGAUCCACAUUAUCUGGAAAAAGCGAAGAUUCUAAACAAGCAAGAGGCUGAUUUGGCAUCAGAAAGCAAUGAAAAGUUUGAAGCCUCUGCAAGAUCGUGUAAAAGAGUUGGCGAAAGAGCUGCGAAAAAGCGCGUGUCAUGCAUUGCAGAUACGGACUUCUUUGAGUCCUUAUCAAACCGUGUACAUAUGUCUAGAAUUGUUCCUAAUGUAAAUGAUAAAGAAUUAUGGGACCUGGCAUUCAAAAUAAGUAAGUGCUCGAUCAUGUACUCUAAGUACUUUGAGAAGGCCUGCACACUAAGAACUGUAUAUUUGAACGACAGACGCCGGUGUAAUCGAUUAAGAUCACGACAGUUGCGCGCUGAAUGUAAAGGAGAAAUCCAGAGAAAAUACCACAGGAGAGGUUAGAUGAAACAUUCGUGUUCAAAGAUACCAAUAUGUGCCUUCAAUUUGUGUCUUCAAUAUGUGAUAUUAACACGAGAAAUAUGUUUUAUCAAAAGAAAUUGCAGCUAAAUAUUUAUCAUUUUGUAAGUUUGUGCCUCGGACGAACGGCCGCAUAUUCCCAUUAUAACCGAUCAGUCACUGGACAGCGGUCAAGAAAAGGACAAUACCCGCUUGUACGUAAACCAUAUGACACGGGAAACGUUGUCGCGAUUUAAUCCAUUAAUUAGUACUUACAAUGUCAUUUGUAAAUAAAUCGUAUUUAUUGUUUCUUUUCAUUAUUUUGUGUUCAUCAUUCUUUUUAAGUCAUUAUUUUCACUAUGUAUACGCAUAACAUUUAUGCAAUAAAACUGUUUUAACAAUC